CCAUUACAACAAAUACUAUUUCUAUUGCUAGACAAGAUUUGUUUUUUGAAAUAAUAAAAGUUACUAAUGAAUAUCUCACCAAACCUAUUACCAAUGCAAUUAAAAUAGAAAUAUCUCAGUACUUAUUUAUUAGUGCAAACAAGAUAGAGCCUAGUAUUGAAGAAUUAUAUCGUAAGCAGAAAAAUUAUCAACUAGCAUCUAAUAGAUUUCUCGAAGACCAAUAUAAUGUAUACCUUAUUAUACUCCAAACAAUUGUUGAUGAAGUAGAACAAGAAGAAUUAAAAAAUCUAUUUAUAAAAGAAAUUUGUAUAGACGAGUCCUAUAUCAAUCGAAGCUAUAAUCAUUAUAACAUACAUGAAAGAUCUACAACUGAAGAAGUAUUCAAUAAUGCUUUAGAAAUUCAAACAAAUGAAACUAACCUUCCAAAGAUUCCUUUGUUUACUCAAAUUUUACAACAUACUAAAAUAUUAUCAGAACAAAAACCUGCAAUAAUUGAUGUCAAAGCUGAAACAUCUCAUUCUUAUCGUAAACUAGUUUCAGAUAUUAUUGAAUUAAGAAAAAGAUUAUUAAAAAAUGCAGAAACUUCUAUUGAGGAUUUAAAAGAGGCACGUGUUGCUUUUUUAUGCCCAAAUGGAUAUGACUAUGUUGUAUCUCAAUGGUCGAUUUGGUCUGCUGGUGGAAUUGCAGUUCCUUUAUGUACUACACAUCCGCUACCUGAACUUUUAUAUGUACUGAAUGAUUCUCAAUCAACAAUAUUAAUAACACAUUCAGAUUUUCAAGAAAAAGUAAAUAGUAUUGCUCGUGAAGCUGGUAUUAAAAAGGUUAUCACGGUUUGUGACAAGGACCAAAAAUAUGACGGUGCAAACUUUAAGCCUCCAUCAUUGAUUCCAAUGGAUGAUUCACGUCGUGCAAUGAUUAUUUAUACCAGUGGAACGACUGAACUUUGUCCGAAGCUCCAAAUAAAAAGACUUGCAAGUCUCAAGACCAAGACUAGACCAAAACAAGCUUUACCAUCACAACUUUCCACACCCU